UAGGGCGGUCCUCGCGUUCAGUCGGGGACCAUUUAAAGGGGAAGUAGCAGCGCGCUCAGGUGGGGGCGAUGGAGGUGGCGGGACAGGAGCAGCAACAGCGGCCGCUCUUUGGGGGGGCCUUUUCUGCCUUCCUCCCCCCUGGAAGUCUGGAUGUCAGUGAGUUGCGCCAGGUGCCCAACAACCAGGAAGUCUUUGUCCACCCCAGCACAGACCAGAGCAUCAUUGUGGAACUGCUGGAAUACCAGGCAGGGGUGCCUGAUGAAGCCGCUGUCAGAUAUCACUUUGACGAUGUGGUUGGCACUUCUGGCGGCGCUGAGGUUUUGAGCCAGGAGUCGCUGGCGCCUCAUCUCCUGGCGCUGGAAGGCUGUAGCAGCGCCUGGAACCUCACGGCUUGCCAGCUGGUAGCCAAAUUCAACGAAGAGGCCAAAAACGAGGUGAGACUGCAUCUGGCGCUGCUCCGCCUGCCCCAGUAUGGAACAGACGUGCUCUUGACCUUCAACGACCCCACCCGUAUCCAUCCCCUAAGCAGCAGCGCGGCCCGAGGAACUGAGGUCCCACAGUCUUCUCUGCCUCCAUGGACGGUGGAGCACUUCCACACCUUUGUACACCGCCUGCAACUUCUUGACCCUGGCAUCUUUGGGUAGCCCAGAAGCAGACACCUGAGAUCUAGCCUCAACCCAUCUCCAUCAUGUACGCAACACUGUCUGCCAGGACUCUUGGACGGCCACCUGCCUGGGUCUCCACCACACUCUAGCUUUCCCCUUGGUCCAGAGGGAAAGACAGAGAACCAGCACCCUACAGGAUAGGUCUUGUCGCACAAGGCAGUUUCGUGCCACCCCAUCUGCAAAAGAUGGUUUCAAGUCUCCCCUUAAGUGAAAUGGAAUUAUCAGGGUUCACCUGUCGAACUUCAGCUUGGUCUCUUCCUCAUGGCCCCUCUUCUACUUAGUGUUUCAGCCCAGCCCACCGCCAGCAUACCAUAGCUCAAAUGUUAUGGGGAAUUGCCCCUCCUGGUGGUUGUGUCCAAUAAAAAGUUCAGU